ACUGGUUAGUCUUGUGACGAUACAGUGAAGGCGUAGCAACGUCAAUCCAAGAAUUUGUAUUCUGAAUAGGUGGAACACUAUACGAUAUAUCGUAGUGAGAUUUAAUGGUAUCGUAGUGAAACUUUAAUGUAUACAUUACGAAGUAUACUUUGGAAUAUUUCUCAAGGGUGUCUAAAAAAAGUGGUUCAGAAAGAAAUAAGUACAAAUAUAAUAAGUGUUAAAUAAGUAAGCAAGACGUGAAAGAGAAUAUAUUGAAGUGUAACUCGAAACGUGCUUGAAGUAUAUUGUAGGAAAGUAUCGAUAAGAAAACGCAGUACAGUACUUUAAAACAGCGAAAGAUAUAAGGGAAUACUAUUAUUAUGACAGCAAAAAGAUGUAAUAAAAUGAAACCUAACAAAUAAAAACAGAUAGUUGUACGCGAGAGUCUUGGCGAUUCUCGUUACUCAGAGUGUAAAGUUCGUUACGUAAAAUGACGACUAUACUAACCGCAACCGGUUUUGCAAUUGUUGAAUAAUCAUCGUGCAAGAUGUAUAUGUGUUUCUAGACCAGGAAAAAUAGAUUCAUAGGUAUGUGCCUAUUAUCUGUACUGAAGUGUUGUUUUUAAAUGUCAACGACUACAGAAGUGAGUGAUUAAAAUGAUUUUCCCGAAACACGUGUCUUUAAAAUUUUUGAGAUUUGAUGUUUAAUCGCGGAUACAUGUUGUCCCUAUAAUUCAUAUUCGCUAUUGUGUUUAUAUGCAAUAUUUCGCAUUACAAUAAUAUCCCAAACUCUGUUUAGUAAUAUAAUGUAUCCUCCGUUUCGUUAAAAAAUCUUUGAAAUGCCAAAUGGAAAAUAAAUGAAGUUGCACAUGUGAAAUUAUCUCAGCUAAUCUACUUGUGAUGUGUUAAACAUAGGUCAUAGCCUUACAAAAUGGCUAAGACAUUUAUCUUAUUCGUGUUACUGCCACACCUACUUUGUACCAUGGUACAUGGUACAACUUCGUGUUCGGAAUAUUUCACAUACACGAUCGAUCCUGAGACACGCAAGAUAUUUGGACGAAUCGAAAUCCUAUCUCCGCAAAGAACUGAUGAAUUUCAUUUAAAACUAGCCUUAAAAACUAUCGCUGAUCCGCUAACGAAUAGAAGCUCGGAAUUGACACGAUUGGAAUUGCUACGACCGAUAACAGAGACUAUUAUAGCUGUUGAACAUGGCGAACCUUUGCUGUAUCAGGUUAAUUUUCCUUCCAACAUCAUGUUGCCGACAUUAUCCGCGGUAUGGUUCAACGAUCAUCUAUAUUGCCUUGGCCCAGGAGCCUCAAAUGGAAAUAUCACAGCUAAUCUCGAGUUGGGGCAUAUUGUGUAUCCGCCAGACAAUGAAUUAUCGCAGAAAUUACAAUGGUGGUAUCGAAAUUCGAGCACCUACCUCAUAGACGAUCCGACUUACGAUAGCAGCUCCAUGUGUGGUAUUACUAACUACGACAUUGAUAAACUGUUCUUAAAAGCUGAGAACACAUCAUCAGUCCGUUCGCCAUGGGUGGUUGCAAUCUUCUCUUCUACAACCACAAUCAACGGUAUUGCAAUAUAUGGAUAUCGAUGCGCUGGUUCUCUUUUGACAAACAGACAUAUAAUAACAGUGGCGCAUUGUCUGAAGGACUUUGGUACCAACGGUAAUGUACCACUUCAUUUGUUGGAGGUGAUCGUAGGACAAUUAAUGGUGCACCGGCUUCACGAAGACACAACUAUCAAUCCGGAAGUCAAGAGCUACAAGAUUCAUCCCGAUUAUAGGGACUCUUUCAACGCCGACUCCGAUCUGGCGAUUUUGACCCUCAGGAAGCCCAUAACGUAUAAUCCCGCCAUCAAUCCUCUUUGUCUGUGGUCCAGUUCGAGCGAUCUUAGAAAAGUCGCUAAUAAAAUAGGGUAUUUCACAGGAUGGGACCAAAACGAGGUGAAUCGUAUUGAAAUCUAUGAACAACGGAUGAUGAAGACGAAGAUAGUGAAUCAGGAUACCUGUCUCUUGACUGAUGCUAGAUACGUCCCUAUCACAUCGAAUCGCACCUUCUGUGCUGCUUUGCUGGCCAAAGCCGGUCACUUAGAGAAUUACAGUGGGAACGGUCUGGUCCUUCUAAACAAUAUCACGGGCCGUUAUGAGUUGCGUGGCAUCGUAUCACGACACUUUGAAGAUUUGAGUAAUCGAAUUACAUCAAAUUACAUCGUCUAUAUUGAUGUGGCCAAAUACAUACCCUGGAUUCAACAACAAAUUUUGAUGUAACGUUAUCUUGCCGCAUAAUGCAAUAUACGUCCCCAAGAUGUGUCUCUAAGAUUUUUUAUGUACAAUAUAUUCGAAGUUGCGGUACUUCCUCCAUGAAAAAGUAUAUAUCCUAAAAUAUAUUAUAUAAUAUAUCAAUACUUACACGUUAAUAUAUAUAAAUG